UGACAUUUACCGCACACAGAAAAGAAAACACAAACAUCUUGCAAAGGAAGCUGGCGCUGCAAACAAAUUAACAAAAACGAAUAAUACCUUCCGCUUAGCUUGUGCAAACAACGGAGAAAGCGACUACCCGUAGACCAACGCAGUGACUUUCAGCGCAGUGUAAAUAUAUUGCAGAACAAUUGCUACGAAACGCAACAAAAUGAGUGCGAAAAAGUAUCUGAAGAUGCCAGCCCAACAGCCAGCGCAGCCUGCAGCCAAAACGGAAAAGGAGGAGCAAUUAUGGAACGCGCUGAAGCGCCACAUCAUGCGAGAACGGGAACGGAAAAAGCAAGAGCUCCAGGCCGAGGUAGAGGAGGAGCGGUUGCGACGGGAGCGGGAGGAACGGGAAAAGCAGGACGUCAUGACGCUCGGCGAGACGAAGGAGCAAAUACUGAUGCUCGAAAAGAACUUGGACGAACUGCGGAACGAAAAGCAGCAGCUGUUUCUGCAGCUAAAAAAAGUGCUUAACGAAGACGACAACAGGAAACGGCAGAUGAAAGAGGAGAUGUUUGCGAUACAAAAUAUUCCGCAGCAAAUAUUCUUACCUCAGCGGUCCAUGCCACCGCACCAGCAGCAGCAUAUGAUGCAUAAAGUGAGUCAACCCGAAGUGAUGCUCUCGUCGGAACGCAUAUUCACCGACGCUUACCCCAACUUGCAGGGCAACCCGCAGGUGAAUGUGGGAAAACGCACCCACAGCCCUUCGCCCGUACAGCACGUCCAAGGCUACUAUAAGCAGCCCAAUCUCAACAAUCAACCCUAUGCGCUGCCGCAGAAGAUCGAGGAAGGUAGACGGGGCGGAGAGGUGGCCCGUGCCGUGUUGUGGAACAAGUCCCAAUACUGUCCGCCGGUUGGUUUCUAUCCGGGCGCCCCGCCAGCAAACCCGCAGGACAACCGUCCACCGCCGCAGCCGCAGAUUCUGUACCCGUACCAGAGCAGCCUCACCAUUCCGAUGCGCCAGUACGUGGACAUACCGAGCCAGCCCGGUCCGAUGGUGCAGCCGAAACCGGAGCAGCUGAUCGUUAGCGGUAAGGUGGGGCCGCUGCCGCCAUCGCAAGCGAACCUCUAUCACAUCCCGACGCUGGACCACACCGUCGCGGCCAUGCACGGCCAGCAGCCGCCGAUGAAAACCAUCACGAUCGAGAAGAUCCCGCAGGAACGGCUCGUGCCGUACCACAUCGAGCUCGUCAAGCACGACGAGCGCAAGGAUCUGCGGCAGCUGCAGGGCGUGCCGCCGCAGGCGCAGCCGCCGCCCGGCGUGGUAGCGACCCACCUGCCCGAGGGGAUCGUUUACGCGCCCAGCCUGCGGCCAGCCGCUAUUCAAAUGCACACGAUCGCUACCAACCAGCAACUGCCGAAGAGCGGAAGCAUCACGCAGGGUUACCCGUCGGCGCGACCGCCACCGAUCAGCAAUCCCCAGCAACAGCCACCUCCCCAGAUGCAUUACAGCCGCCACCGGUACUAGGAGGCAUGGGUGGGUCACAGUCGAACGGACGAGCGCUUUUGGGUAAAGCAAAAUAUGCUAAGAUAAAAGAACACACUUUCUCCAUCUCGUAAGAAAACAAAAAGGUAACAAGACGUUGCGUUUAUCUAUGGUCAUCAUAGAAACUUUUUUGUUUUAAAUAUUAUAGCAUAUGCAAUAUAAUAAUAGGCUUGUGGAGGAUGGGGUAAAAGCAUUUAUAAAGCUUCAGCACGAGAUGAAGGAAAAUAAACGUUAGCUGGAUCGGUGUA